CCGCCCCUCGCCCAUGUGACAGCUACAUCAUUGAGUGUAGUCUGUAUUUGUGACAGACUUCAUCUCCUGCAGCAGUGAACGACCACUAACCUGAAGACAUGCGGGUGGCAGUGAUUGGAGCUGGAGUCAUCGGCCUGUCCACCGCUCAGAGCAUAUAUGAGCAGUAUCACUCCGUCGUCAGCCCACUGACUAUUGAGGUGUACGCAGACUGUUUCACUCCACUGACCACCAGUGAUGGAGCUGCUGGCUUCUGGCAGCCGUACCUUUAUGACAAGGGCAACAUCCAGGAGACAAAAUGGAAUAAAGAGACGUUUGACUACUUGCUGAGCUGCCUCAGUUCACCAGAGUCCAUAAAGAUGGGAGUAUUCCUCCAGUCUGGUUACAACCUCUGCACUGAACCAGCACCGGAUCCAUCAUUUAAAGAUAUUGUCCUGGGCUUCAGGCAGCUCACAGAGCGAGAGCUGCAGAUGUUUCCUGGAUACAAUUAUGGAUGGUUCAACACUGCACUCAUGGUGGAAGGUAAAACAUACUUACCUUGGCUGAUGGAUUGGUUGCAAAAAAGGGGUGUGAAAUUUUAUCACAGGAAAAUUCACUCCUUCAAGGAGUUGGCAGAAAGUGGGGCAGACGUGAUAAUAAACUGUACUGGGAUAAGAUCAGGAGAGCUCCAGCCAGACCCGGAGCUCAAACCGGGCCGGGGCCAGAUAGUGAAGGUGGAUGCUCCAUGGUUGAAGCACUGGAUUCUUACCCACGAUUUUAAGACAGGAGUCUACAAUUCACCAUACAUCAUUCCAGGGAGUCGUCUUGUGACAGUCGGUGGGGUGUUCCAGAUAGGAAACUGGAGUGAACAGAACAAUUCCACUGAUCAUAAAAAAAUCUGGGAAAACGCUUGCCAGCUCGAGCCUAGUCUCAAGCAUGCCAGGAUAGUAGAGGACUGGGCCGGCCUCAGGCCUGUUCGCAGCAAAGUCAGACUGGAGAGGGAGACCAUACCGUCCGGAGCAACUGCAAUAGAGGUGAUACACAACUAUGGUCACGGAGGUUUCGGACUCACCAUUCACCGAGGCUGCGCCCAGGAAGCGGCAAGGCUCUUCGGUCAGAUCAUGGAAGAAAAAGGGAAAGGGCCAAAAGCUCGCUUGUAGACUUGUGUUUAGCAGUAGAGGCUCAUUUUUUAAAUUUUAAUCAAAGUGCCUUGUAUCCAAAACACAUGUGUUGUGUCUGUAAUUAACACUUAAAGCAAACUGAUAUUCAGUAUCAUGUAUCUUUGGAGUAAUUACAUCACUUCAACAGUGUAAUGUAUAUGUAACAUGAAAGAGGAGACACAUGUUCUUGUCCAUUCACAUGUGAUGAAAUACGCUUAAAAUCUGUACAAGGUAAUUUUAAAAAGAAAUAAAACAUAUAGAGUGUAUAUAUCUUUGAAAAUGUUCACAGUAAAUGUAAAAAAACAGAGAAACUUACUGAUAAUGAUUAUACCUGAUAAAUAAUAAAUAAUAACAUGAAUCCGCUGCUCUUUUUGAAGAUCAUUUACUACAGUAUCAUACACAUUUACAUUCAGUGCAUUGACAAGAAUCU